UGAAAGAGCAAACAUUUCUCUACAAAAUGCACGGCCAAAUGAUAUUUUAACCGUGAAGGUGAUGGAACGGCAAUCAAAUCUUUUACCGGGACCAGAAAAUUAUUUUUGGUCCCGAUGCCCAUCUCUACUAUAAAUGUAUGUCAAAAGUGUCCUUCAGCGCACAGAAUAUACACAAAAGAAAAGAAAGGAACGCAAAAAGACAGCGUGCGUCCUUUAUGUAUCGUUCUUUUCUGUUCUGGCGCAGCUGAUAAAAGAAACAUUUUAAAUGUAAAAUGCAUCUUUUUUGAUCAAAGUUUUAACAUUUACAUUUGUUGCUACAGGCCUAAUAUAUACAUAUAAUAACGUGAAUUAGAAAACAAAUAGAAAAGAAAAAAAAAACAGAAAAGAAAAUCACUAGUUUUCGCAGUUCUACUCUAAUCUGCUACAAGUCAGAAACCUUACUGGUCACAUAUUAAUCAGUGGACUGAUCAACCGUGUUUUUUCGGAUUCGGAUAGGCGAAGGAUUUUGCAUAUUUAAACUAAUUUUCAGAAUUUGUUUUUGACUGAAUACAGACUUUUUAAGGAAACGACUAAGAGUAUAGAGAUAUGGGGAAUAUGAAUUCCAGCAGGCCUCAGUUUAUCCCAAUCAAUUUUAAUAUAAUUCUGACCAUAUUUUGAAGAAUAGUUUGAUGGUGAUAACUGCAAGAGUAAGAUUCCAUCUAUGAUUUGUUUUCAUAAUGUCUUGAAUACUUGUUGCGAAAUAAUUUUGAGUUUUUGUGAAAAAUCGCUUGAUUCUUUGCGUAAUUAUUUAAUAUAGAUUAGAUGAGUGAUAUUGUCGGGCAAUAGCAAGUAGCACUAUCAGACGGCGUUCAUAAAGUAGAAUUUGAACAUGGAACAACAACCGGGAAAAGAGUAAUUCGAGUGGAUGGCAAAGAAAUACGUCGAAAUGAUUGGUUAUUUAGACUUUUAGGAAAAGAACAUUUUAUAAUUGGUAAACAUAAUUGUAUAAUAAACAUUGAUGCCAAUUCUGGAUUUGCAUAUGAAUAUACAUUAGAAAUCGAUGGUAAACCGUUACAGAAGUUCCGUGAAAAUCGGUCGAAAAUCAGUCGAACAUGGACACUGAAAUUGGACGGUGAGGAAUAUCGAAUUGUGUUAGAAAAAGAUACGUUAGAUAUUUGGUUAAAUGGUAAACGUAUAGAAGCUGACAGGGAUUUUGCGGACGAGGGGACAGAAACGUAUUUUACAAUAACUACAGCUAAAGCAAAUCAUGAUGCCGUUGUCAAAGCAGUGAGUACAAAACAUCAUCGAUUUGGCAUCUAUCACUCAUUGAUAGUUGAUGGAACUGAAAUACCAGAAGCAACAGAAUAA